CGGGUCUCGAGUUCAACGAGGACAAGACCGGCAGCGUCAGGAUCGCCGCUGCCCCUGCCGCCGCUGCCACCGCCGCCACCGCCGGCAGCCCCCCUGGCACCAGUGAGAUGGCGGCGCAGCGGCUGCGGCGGCCACCGUCCGGGAGCCGGCUGCCCGAGGGGGACGUCGUGUGGGGGUUCCUCAAGCUCGACCCGGCGUCCGGGCGGUUCCUCCUCGACCAGGGCAAGAUCGACGGGCACAUUGACGAGCUCCGGCUGCAGCUCGGCGCGUGUUCUAGCAUUUUCGACUGGAUCCAGGCAUGGAACAUCUACGGCGCGCGCUUCUUCCGGACCAACUGCGCGCAGGUCGCCAACUGCUACGGCCGGGCGCACGUGGACAGCGUGCUGGCGACGUUCCGCCGCAUCCAGACGCGGCUGUUCGGCGAAGGCGGGGCUGGCGCCCACCUGAAGCGGAUGAUCAGCGACCGCUUCGGCAUCUCGGACGUCCCGGACGGCUACCUGUACUUCCCCGUGUCCCUCGGCGGGCUGGGCCUCGAGAACCCGUUCGUCCACCUGUACCUGAUCCGCGACGGCGUCGCCGAGGACCCUGACGCCAUCAUCGACGACUUCUUGGCCGAGGAGGAGGACAUGUACCGGUCUCUCAAGGCGGCCUACGAGGACGACUCGGCCGGCGCUGACUCGGCCGGCAGCAGCGGUGGAAGCAGCGGUGGAAGCAGCGGAAACAUUGGGCAGGUGCGGGUGCACCGUCGCAUGCCGGCGUAUUUCCCGGAAGACACCUUCUCGGACCUGCGGAACGAGCCCUUUAUGAGCUUCGAGGAGUUCACUCGGCACCGGCGGCACACGUCGGAUACGCUGGGCCGGGCGUUCAAGCGGCUGCGGCGGGUGCCGGCGGCCAAGACGGCGGAGCUGACGAGCGAGCUGGCGGGGGCCCUCAAGGACGGGCCGGCGGGCUGGACGGACCUCGGCGACUACGAGCGGUGGGUCUGCGCGCUCUACGGCCGGGACAUGAUUGCGAGGUUCGGCGGUCUAACGGUCGUCGACAAGGGCGUCCUGCCGACGGGUCUGCUCGACAUGCUGAGGCAGAGCCGGUUCAGGUGGCGCGGCUAAGGGGGGGCGGAAGUCGCGUGAGGUGAGGGCCUCGAGAAUCGGGCAAUUAACCACGCGAUGGGCAUGUCUGUCCUUGCACAACCCCUCUCCCGACAGAACUUUAACCAACAAAGCAUCCAGGAGCCGAGAGUCAUGAACCGGCGCUUAAGGGAAA